GGCAGCAGCGUCGGCCACUGGCACAAUAUAACACUGAUUGAUCCACUAAACCAGGAGAAGAGAGAGAGGGAUUUACUUUAUUAUUCAGCCUUUCAUUUUCAGCCGUCCUUUUUAUUUUUAUUGAACUAAAACAACACAAUGGCAGACACACAAGUUAAGAGCAGUGGAACGGACUCUCUGAAGCAAGAACUGAAAGACAAGCUGGCGGAGGAGAAGGAGAACGGGAAGGAUGCUGCCACCAACGGAAAGGAGAACGAGGAGAACGGCGAGCCCGAGGUAGAUGAUGACGAUGAUGAUGAGGUGGACGAGGAGGACGAGGAAGAUGACGUAGAAGGUGAGGAGGAAGAGGAGGAGGACGACGACGAUGAGAUCGGGGUCGGCACAAAACGGGCAGCUGAGGAUGACGAAGACGACGACGAGGACGACGUCGACACCAAGAAGCAGAAAACCGACGAAGACGAUUGAUGCGUUUCCCCCCCCUGCGCCAUCCUGCUGAACCACUUCCUGAUUCUUCACCUCUGACUGUUUUGAUAUGUCACACAGGUGGGGGGGCUGGAGGACUGAUUUAAAAGGAAAAAAUAAUAAUAAUAAUAAUGGAAAAAAAAAAAAAAUCCAACACGGUCAUUAGCAAGUAGAGUUCAACAAACAUCUACCACGUCCACACUCUCUCUCGAUCUCCCCUCAAAUCUGUAAAACUAAUUUUGUAGAGGAACCCGCCACCACGUCGACGCAGAAAUCCGGCUUCUCUUCAACAACAACAACACGAAAGGAGAAUUUGUUUGUAUUUUUAUUUACAUUUUAUAUUUUUGUACAUAUUGUUAGGAGGGGGGAGGUCAGUUUCUCUCUCGGCAGCGAUCUCGUCAGACCAAAUCGGUGCUUCUUUAACGAAAGAUUUUACUUGGUUGACCAUGUUACAAUAUCUCAACA